AUGGGGCCAGGGACGCGCUUCCUGCUGGAGGCCGCCGCGUCGGUUGGGCUCGAGGGUGACGACGGCUCUGGGACCCUGGGAGCAGUGACCCCUGCAGCAGGAGCACAGCCUGCUGAGGUGGGCCUGGCAGCAGCUGGGGCCCAGCCUGACGCUGCGGACGAGGGGAGGGAGGCGGGAAGCCUUGACCCGGAGCCGUCGGAGGUCCAAGCCCCUCCCCUGGCCAUCCCACCGCCAUCGCCAGACCCCCCAGUGCCCCCUGAAGCCCACGCUGACAAGGAGCCGACGGUGGUGAUUGAUGAGGCGCCCCCGCAGCAGCCCUGGCUGGCCCGGGCCCCCCUCUGGCUCUACGUCCUCAUCGGCUCCUCCGGCCUCCUCGUCCUGCUGGUGCAUCUGGUCCACUGCACGCUGAGCAUGCUGUGCCCGCAGCCCCAGCCCGAGCAGCUGGGGAAGGGGAAGGACGACCCGGAGGCCGGCCACACGGCCCCAGGCGAGCAAUUCCUGAUCCGGGACUUACCCUCGCCAUACAGCAGCCCCCCGUCCAUGCGCUCUGCUGUGUCACCCACGGGUCUCAGGCUGGCGAUGCCCUCCAUCCCCACGGUAGACAUCUCUGUGCGCCGGAGGGACCUGAGCGCCAUGGGGUGGGCCAUCAACCCCUCAGCCUCCGACUCCGCCGCCUUUCACAACCCCACCUUCCAGGCGGGCAGCAGCCUCUUCGACGAGGCGUCCUUGGGGUCGGGCGACAGCCCCGGCGCCGGGGUGUUCUCGGAGGACAGCAGCCCCGCAGCCUCGCCGCUGCGCAAGGCCUCGCACGACUUUGCCCUGGGCACGACGGUGUCGCGCGCCGACAGCGGCGCGCCCGCCUCCCCUGCAAGCCAGGAAAGCGUUGCCACGCUGCACCCCGCGGCCUCCAUCCAGCCGCACGAGGUGGCGGCCGCGCACGCCGUGCUGGCGGCCGACGGCGAGGCCUGGCCGCGCCCUGGCUCACCGCCAGCGCCCGAUCCGGCAGGGGCUGCAGGAGUGGGGGGCGAGGCUGAGACGCUGGGGCAGGGUGGAGCAAGUGAGGAUGUGGCCGAGCCGCGGCUGGCGGCCGAGGUUCGCGUGCUCUCCCUGCUGGGCUCCGGCAGCACCGGCAGCGUCUACGCCGGCACCUGGCGCGGCGCGCCAGUGGCGGUCAAGCGCAUCCACCCCGCGCUGGCGGCCGCCCCCGGCGCGGCGCGCGCGCUGGCCCGCGAGGUGGGCGUGCUGUCCGGCCUGGCGCCCCACCCCUGCAUCGUGCCCAACCUGGCGGCCUGCCUCGCCCCCGGGCACCUGUGCCUGGUCCAGGAGCUGGCGGCGGGGGGCUCGCUGCACGCCAAGCUGCACGACCAGGGUCGCCGCCCGCAGUACGGCCUGCUGCUGGCGCUGGCCGCUGACCUGGCGCGGGGCAUGGCGCACUGCCACGCCGCGCGCCCGCCGGUGGUCCACCGCGACCUCAAGUCCCACAACGCCUUUUCCGGCGGCCCCGUCGCCGCGCCGGCCGACGUCUGGGCCUGGGCGCUGGUGGUGCACGAGAUGCUGGGAGGGCGGCAGCCCUGGGCGGAGCUGGGGCACGUCAUGCAGGUGGUGGUGGCGGUGGGCGUGGAGCGGCGCCGCCCAGCCAUGCCCCUGGGCACGCCGCCCGCACUGGCCAAGCUGCUGCGCGAGUGCUGGCGCCACGAGCCCGCGCUGAGGCCCACCAGCACCCAGCCCAUCACCGGCGCCACAUUUGAUUUUGCAGGGGCGGCUGCCCGCGUUCUUGACCUCUGCUUGGCAUGUGAUACCCGCUACUGCUCCCCGUACUGA